AUGGCGUGGGUCGAUAACGGACUCUCCGAUCCGCUUGAGGUGCACGGCGUGAUCGGAGCCAUCGCCACGGGCGGCAUCAAAAGUGGCGCGGAGGUAGGUGAGUGCGGCGACACCGUUUCCGGAGUGAUCGUGGUAGAGCGAGGUUUUGAUCCACGCAGGGACUGCCUGAAGGAGGAGGCCGUAAAGACGCAUAUUUUGUUUUGUCCAUUCGGCAAGAGCAGUCCGCGCUGCGUCGAUGGCGACGGCGUUUGUAGCGUUGCCGUCCUCGUCGUUGUCGGGCUCUGGUACGGCAGGCGCGGUAGCGUCGUCGGCGAGGAGGUCGUAGGCGUCGGUUGCCUUCCACGCGACAAAGGCGUUGAAUGCCAUAAACCACGCAACGAAAGAGCCUCGCUGGCCAUCAAAGCUGGGGACAGAGUACUUGCUGGAGGCAUCGUCACCAGCGGCGGCGACGGGGUAUUGAAGCACACCGACGGCGAGGAGCGGGGCAAAGCGGAGGGUGGCGGCGGCGACGGUGAGGUGGAGGGCGGCGGCGGCGACGGUGAGGUGGAGGGCGGCGGCGGCGGCGGCGACGUGGAGGGUGGCGGCGGCGACGGUGAGGUGGAGGGCGGCGGCGGCGACGGUGAGGUGGAGGGCGGCGGCGACGGCGAGGUGGAGGGCGGCGGCGACGGUGAGGUGGAGGGCGGCGGCGGCGACGGCGACGUGGAGGGCGGCGGCGACGGUGAGGUGGAGGGCGGCGGCGGCGACGGUGAGGUGGAGGGUGGCGGCGACGGUGAGGUGGAGGGCGGCGGCGGCGACGGCGACGUGGAGGGUGGCGGCGACGGCGAGAUGGAGGGCGGCGGCGACGGUGAGGUGGAGGGUGGCGGCAACGGCGAGGUGGAGGGUGGCGGCGGUGACGGGGCCGCCCGGCGGGAGGCUCGAGUAGCGGCCGAGCCUCUGGCGACGGAGGCGGAGGGCAUGCAGCUGCACCUCUCCAGCAGCAGCGCCACCGGCUACAAGGGUGUGGUCAGCUGCUCCCAUGGCCGCUUCCGAGCGCAGCGCACUGUAGGGAGAAGCAAUGUCAUCUUGGGCGUCUUUGGCACCGCGGUUGAGGCGGCGUUGGCCUACGCGCGGUCGGUCGGCGAGUACGAUUCCCCAGCGGUGGUGGCAGAGGCGGAGGGCAUGCGCCUGCAUCUGUCUGACCGCAGCGCCACGGGCUACCAGGGCGUGCACAUGGACAAGGGCCGCUUCCGAGCGCAGCGCACGGUGAACGGGGCCAAUCACGUCCUGGGCCAGACCUUUGACACCGCAGUCGAGGCGGCGGUGGCCUAUGCGCGGGCGUUCGGACCCCCUGCACGCGCCGGCGUCGCACCCCCUGCGCGCCCGCCCGACGGCGGUCGGGCAGAGGUCCCGUCGGAGGCGACUCGCGUCGCUGCGGCCAAGGGUGCGCGGCCAAGGGUGCACGGUGCGGGCGCCGCAAGGCAGGAGGAGGCGGCGCAGCAGCAGCAACCUGGCCGGCAGAGGCCGGGAGCGGCAGCCAAGGCCGCGGGGAGGGCGGUGGCCGUGCGCGGUGGGGUGGUGAAGGGCGCGCCCUCCAGAAAGAAGCGGCUCGCACGGCGGGUCGGCCAAUGGAGGUCUGGCGCCGCCGUGGAGUACGCGGUGGUGGCGCCUCAGCCGCCGCCGCCGCUCCAGCCGCCGCCGCAGCGGCCGGGCGGGGUGGACCCGUGCGUGCUCUACAAGGUUGGGCUUGAGGGAGUGCAGGGCCUCACCGACGCCGUCUUCGCCAUGGGCCGCAUGAUACGCGAGGCGGGAAAGGACCCCGUCACCGCCCAGGCCGUCCGUCAGUGGAGCUGA